AUGCCUGCACCCGCAACUCAAUCAGCCCCCAAGGGAUCCAAGAAGAAGACCACUGGUGCAGUUCGGCGUGCUGAAUCGCCUGCUCCCAGCUUUGGGUCCGGUGCCGCGGCCGAUUCGCAGGACGAGGUUUUCGAGAGUCCUUAUAUCAAGGAGCUGCACAAGAACAUUCGCAACCUCAACAAAAAAAUUACCAAUGCCUCAAAGACGGACUCUCUUCUGAGCCAGAGCCAGUACGCCGGCAAAACCCUUGACGAAUUGGUCCACUCAAAGGUCAUCAACCCGGAUCAAAGGGCCCAGAUUCUCAAAAAGCCUGAUCUCCAGGCCCAGGUUGCCCGGGCCGAGGAGCAGCUCGCGCAGUACCAAAAGGUCCACGAACAAUACCGCUCACGAGCCGCAAACGAAAAGGCCGAGUGGGAAAAGUCGCUGGAGAAGGCCAAGGCAGACGCUGUCAGCGAAGCCGAGGCGAGCUUCCAGAAAUCCGUCAAGAGUAACCUUCUUGUCCUGUCUCAGUUCCUGCGCCUCGCCGCCUACCGUCGUGAGGAAGCUGCCGAUGCCGAUUCAGACGAAAGCCAGGCCAUCGAGGGUGUUCUUUUGGCAGUAUAUGCCGGAGACGACUCUGCUGUUGCAUCAAUGUUAAAGCUCCUGGACGGCACCGAAGACAAGAUUUUCAGUGUGCCAGGAGAGCAGUUGCAGACUACUUACUCUGUCGUCAAGGCCCUUGCUCAAGAAUACAAGGCUCCUGUAUACAAUGAGGGGCCAACCGAAGGAGAGGCUACCGCCGAGGUGGUCACUGACGACCCGACCGUGGCACGCGUUGCGGCCACUGAGAUUGCAAGCACCGACAUCCCUGCUUCACCUGAAGAGAAGAAGAUGGAGGCGAGCAAUGGGUAUGCUGAUGCCAGUAUAUCCGCUGAUAGCGCCGAUGCCGUGGCGGAGAGUCACUGGGACACCGAGGCCGGUCUUUCUGCCUCACAGGAGUGGAUUGACGUGAAGAUACCGCGAGACCCGUCCGAGACUGACACUGGUCUCACUGCUACGCCAGCUGCGUCUGCCAAUACGCAGUCAUGGGCAGACGAGCAACCUGAGCCUGCUAAGCUUGUGAGUAAUGGCAAAAUUUCGAAGCCAGACAUUUGUCUGACAGCAAUGAUGGAUUCCAUCAGGUCCAACGUAACAAGGGUCGCCAGGAGCGCGAAGGAAAUGGCAAUUGGCGUGGUCGGGGUGGCCACCGUGGUGAACAUCGCGGGCGUGCCGGUCACCGUGGUGAAGGCCGUGGGCGUGGUCGAGGACGUGGUGGGAUGCAGUCUCGAUCGCGUCGAAACGAAGAGUCCUAGGGUACAUUCCUGGGAUGCUUGA